CAGGCAGCGGGAGAAGGAGAAGAAGAAGAAGGAGAAGGAGAAGGGGUAGCGGAUAUGCCCAGGGGUGGAGGAUGCCCAGGAUAAUGUCCCCGGGUUUUUCGCUCUCCCACCUGUCCGUAUCAUGAUAAACGCUGUCGGGGCGGUCGCCCGCAGGAUGCCGUCCGCGGCCCGGCGGAGCGGAUGCUGGAUAGCGUGGUGCCAGGCGGCGCUGCUCGGCGCGUCGGCGCUGGUUAUCGUGGCCGAACGGACCGCUCUGUUCUACUGUAUAGGGUUUUACCUUUGGAAUGAGGAGACGCAGUGGGCGGGCCUCACUCUCGGCCUCUUUCUACCGGGGACGGCAGUUCAACUGCUCAGUAUGAAAUGGUACUAUGAUGACGGGGAUGACAGGCGAUGCUACCUCUCUGUCAUACACAUACUGCACUUGGGCAUCUUCAAAAGGUUAUGGGACUGCAUGAGAUCUGUGUUGCGCAGGCAGGACUCGGUGGCUGAGCUUGGAGCUGCUGUCAUGCAGCAGGCAGAUGUUGCUGCCCUUUGGCUGCUAGAAGCCCUCGUCCUCACGCUGCCACAGAGCCUGCUGCAGGCAUAUGUUGUGGUUUCCACGGAUGUGGGCAUCAUGUCCCCAGUGGCCUAUUGCUGUGGUCUGUGUGUGCUGUCUAUUUCCUGGGCCCUGGUGCUGUACAGCAGAGCCUGCUGUCUGAUACGACCGGGCCACCUGGCCAUGCCUCCGGCAGCCCUGUUGUGCCAGCUGGUGUGGAGGGCUGGCAUGCUGGCUGCAAGGGUGACUUGCCUCAUGUUCUUUGCCAGGGUCUUCAACUGGUGGGUCUGUGGAGUAGCAGGUUUCCACUGGCUCACAGCCUCCUUCUGGCUGGUAUCACAGCAACCAGACAUCUGCACCGGCCCCUGGUGUUGGCGUGCCUUUAAUGGCAUCAUGGGGCUGGUCCACAUCUUCCUCUUCCUCAACGUCAAAGACGGACCCUCGCGCUUCCGCAUGGCCAGUUUUUAUGCAUUCAUGUUUGUAGAGAACGCCACUCUGCUUCUGGCCGCCUCUGACUUCCUUAGCGAAGCAUCAUGGGACAGCAUGACCCUUCCCACCACUGUGCUGUGUAGCUUUCUCCUCGGCGCUACCUCUCUUGUCCUAUACUACCGGUUCCUCCACCCCAAGUCCACAGAGAUCUCCCAGGGUGUGAACCACAACCACAUGGGUAGCACAUGCAUAGAACAAGGGGAGUCCUCUUUCUCUCUCAGGGACAAAAGCCUGCCAGCUCCCUCCAUUCAAAAUCAUGGCAGCUUUUCCCUCUCAGGUGUCGCUGGUUCUCUGCUGGAGCACCCAGGAACUUGUGGAAUCCAGCCUAACAGCUCCUGCCCUUGCUACCACCACCACUGGCUCCUAAUCCGACUGGCUCUGAAAACGGGAGACCUGAGCAAGAUCAACAGAGCGUAUGGGGCCGGCGGAGCAGCAGCCAUACUGGACAUGGAGGAGUACAACCAGGAGUUUAAGAGCAACGAGGGCAUGACCAUCACCGCAGGAGGCAGCUGCGAAGGUGUCUCCACCUCUGAGUCUCAGGGGAAAGGCCUCGCACCACUCUCGGACUGCAAAGACGAGUUCCAGAGUGUAAGCGAGCCCACGUCGACGGAACAACCUGAAGAAGAGGACGACAGUCUGGAGAUGGAGAGUCCACUGGAGUCACCCGCAUCAGAUUUCAAACGCAGCUCACCCGAGGGCAAGUCUGUGUUUGGUGACAGUCCAGAGCCAUACUUCUGCCCUACCGAGUCAAGUUCAACCUUAUAUUUCAGCGCCGAUCCUCAGUCUCCCAGCAGUGGCAGUAACCCCCGUUUGGACCGGGACAUUGGGGGUCUGGAACACGGGGUGCGCCUCAACUCAAUCCCCAGUGAUCCUGCACUUCACAGAGAUAUACGUGGGCUCAUGGGCCGGGUCGGGCCACGUUGUACUUCCACUCCUAAAUUGGACUCUGGAGUGCUGGACUCCCCAUCUAGUGUCCCCCAUCUCACAGGUCCCAGGAGGCAGCUUAUAAUGUCCCGAAGAGAUGAAGAUGACAACUUCUAGCUUUCUCGAGACAGAAUCAGGGAAAGAGCUACAGCAACUUAUCCAAACCAGCUUUUUUGAAAGGCUGCUUUUUCCAUCUUCUCAGUGCUUUAGGAUGAGCAGGCUGGCAGAAAUUUCACCUCUAUAUGUCUAUAUAUUUAGCACACUGUGGAGCAUAGUAUAUGCAACAGUUUUGGGAUAAUGCUAAGCUAGCCUGUGCUUUUCUCAAACCAUAAGCUAUUUUCUAAAAGCAGUGGCAAAUGCUUGACACACAGAGGUGAAACCUUUUAGCAGUGUUUUCAUCAGACACGGAGGAGAUCAUUAAAGAGCUAAUUAGUUACAAAGGCGGUGUACGGAGCUCAGACACACCUUCUACCUGACAUAAACAUAUUUUCAAUUCUUUUGGCAGCAAUUAACUUAAGCCUCAAGAAUCAUACUGUGCAAAAAAGUGAAUACUGGUUCUGCCAGAUUGUAAUUACAUAUUAAAGACGCAGCCAUGAGUUAUAUCAAAAACAUAAGAAAUAUGCAGCUGUUUUAUGGUCUCGGACAACUGAUCAUCUCUACAUUACAUACUGAAACUGCUGUUAUUCAUUCUAAUAAUUGCCAGCAGGUAUGAGAAUAGAGAAAUGAGUCCCCGAUCUAAAGGGGGAAGGAGUGUGGGACCUCAAAAUUGUAACGAUCUCAGCAUAAGCCAGGGCUUUGUUGGCUUCUUAAAAAGCACAAGUAUCUUCUGUAUCAUACGUCUAUUGCUGUGAUUUUUUGUUAUUCCCAUAAAAAAAGAAAAUCCCUGAUCCCCUCAGAGAAUAAUAUACUGUAUUUUUUGUAUAAUCAUGUCAACAGGCAUUGCUUUGAGCAGGGCUAGUGUGUCAGCCUGGCAAAACUCUGUUUGAUGUUUUAACUUUAUUUACAUGUUGACCAUGUAAUUGCUAAAAAUGUUUUUGGAAUUUACAUUAUGUUGGAGGGGGAAAAAAAUAAUGUCUCAGGCACUAACUUUAAAAAGCUUUCCCAUGUCUAUUGUGUAACAAACUGAACAAAAUAUGCUUAUGAGGGACUUGUAGUGACUUUUUUAUGUGCUCUGCUAUUUCUAGAGGACAUUUUUUCUCAUUACUGUUCUGUAAAAGGAAUGAAAUCCACAAACAUAGCAGUAAAACGAUGCUGGGUCUUCCAUUGCACCCAGGUGACUGCCUAUAUGAAAUUUUGAACUGUGAAGUGCAA